AUGCGGCAUUCUCUAUGGGCUUCUACGCUUGUGCUGGCCUCAGCUGCCGCUACAACUUCACUGGGUGACAUCUGUACCACCGCAUAUGCGAAGAAGGCGUUGCCAGUAAAUGCCAUUCAUGGUGUUACCGUUGAUCCCUCUUCAAUUUCUACGAGUCUUGUCACCAAUUUCACCGCUAGCAACGUCUUCUACCCUACCUCAACCUUCGAUUACUGCAAUGUGACUUUUGCCUACUCUCAUGACGGCAUUGACGGGGAUAUUGUUCAUGUGCAAUACUGGCUUCCAGCUCCAGGACAGUUUAAGAACAGAUAUGUGUCCACGGGUGGAGGUGGCUGGGCUAUCAACUCAGGAUCCUUGUACAUCCCAACCGGUGUUAUUGUUGGCGGUGUUGGGGGUUUGACCGAUGGAGGAUUUGGAAGCUUCAAUACCCAAUUCAGUUCCGUUGCUCUCUUGGAAAAUGGAACUAUCAAUUGGCAAGCGACGUACAUGUUUGGCUACCAAGCCCAACAUGAGCUCGCUGUGUUGGGCAAACAGCUGACAAGAAAUAUUUAUAACGUACCCUCCAGCGAAAAGAUCUACUCCUACUACCAGGGUUGUUCUGAGGGAGGCCGCGAGGGAUGGAGUCAGGUCCAACGGUUCCCCGACCAGUUCGACGGUAUAGUUGCCGGCGCUCCAGCCUUCCGGUGGGCGCAACAGCAAAUCAACCAUUUGACUGGAAACGUCAUCCAGAAAACGCUUGGCUACUACUCACCCAGCUGUGAGCUUGAGAAGAUUAUGAACAUGACCGUCGCAAGCUGCGACCCCCUGGAUGGCAAGACCGACGGCAUUGUAUCGCGGUCUGACUUGUGUUUGAAGAAUCUAAACUGGGAUUCCAUCCUGGGCACUUCUUACUCGUGUCCUGCGGCGAGUGGCUCCUCAUUCGCGGGCGCCACACCUGCACAGACAGGCAAUGUAUCUGCCAAAGCCAUUGAAGUCAUCAAGACCUAUUGGAAUGGUCUUCUCGACUCCGACAGCAAGCGCGUUUAUUUCAGCUACCAGCCUGGUUCUACUUUCGCGGAUCUUCAAAAUGCAUAUGAUUCCUCCACUGACAGCUGGAAGCUCGACAUAAAUGGUCUCGGUGGCAUGUGGAUUGGCUUGUUUAUUGAUCUUUUGCAAGAGACCAACAUUCCCAGCUUGGAGGGCGUGACCUACGAUACCCUUAGGGAAUGGAUGGUACUUUCCCAAAAUAAGUACGGAGACAUCUUCCAAACGACAUACCCAGACUUGUCGGACUUCCAAGCUGCCGGUGGAAAAGUCAUCCACGUCCACGGAGAGCAAGAUGACUCAAUUCCCGCAGCUUCUUCGGUCCGUUACUGGAACUCGGUCAGGGAAAUCAUGUUCCCCGGCAAGUCGUAUAAUGCAGGUGCAGCCGCUGUCGAUGACUUCUAUCGACUGUUUCUCAUUCCAGGCGUGGGACACUGUAGUACCAACAAGUACCAACCCGGUGCACCAUGGCCGCAGACAACUCUGCAGACUCUCAUUGGCUGGGUUGAGAAUGGCAAGGCGCCGGCAACACUCGCUGGGUCUGGUGAGGUUGAAACAAUAUGUCGCUGGCCUCUUCGCCCACUUUGGACUGCGAAUGGAAAGAAGUUCCAAUGUGUUUAUAGUCAGGAAGCUAUUGAUAGCUUUGGUUAUGAUUUGGAUGCGUACAAGCUUCCUGUGUACUAA